AAUUCAAGAGACAACGACUCUCGCAUUCUCGGCCGCGGGACGGUGCUUAUACUUGCUUGUCUUUUCGUCAGCCGCAUUCUACAGGAUUACAAAAUCUCUGUGAAGGGGUGUCUUUAAUCUGCUUCGGUUAGCUGUACUGGCUUCAUCAUCACCAUGGCACACAAAUUCGUCAUCACAGCCUUCCUCACAGGCUCUCGCAUCCUGGGACGGUCCUUCAUGGCCGCCUACCGACAAGCCCAGGCCUCGUCGCAAUAUCAGCGUGCGCAAGCCAAGGCGACUGGCGUCAGCGCUUCAGGUCGAGCCUCUCUAACAGCCGGCAUGACCCUUGAGGAGGCUUGCCGCAUCCUGAACGUCAAACCCCCGGCCAAUGGCCAGGCCAACGUCGAGGAGGUGCUCGAGCGGUACAAGAGACUAUUUGACGCAAACAACCCUGAAAAGGGUGGUAGCUUCUAUCUCCAGAGCAAGAUUGUAAGAGCAAGGGAGCGAUUCGAGGCUGAGAUUGGACCCAUACGAGAAAAAGCCGAAGCGGAGGCUGAAGCAAAGGAGGGGUGGAAGCCCAAAGUCUACAAGGAUCAGUGAGCAGGGUUGAAGCGGACGACUUAUACGACUAUGGUAUAAUACGGUGCUGUGUGGGAGAAGAGCUUACGCGGCAGUUCGAUGUUCUAACUUGGAAGAGAUGAGCGAGCCGCGAAGCUCCCCUCCAAGGAGGGGUGGGACGACAACUCCAUGUUCCACCUUUUGUAUAUGAUUUCCUUUUUUUUUUUUCUAUUAUUACCACA